CUUGCUAUCCGUUUUGGCUGGCGUAGCUGGUGGCUUCGGAUCGCGCGAUGCCAAUCUGGGAUUCAACAUCGGGACCGGGUUGCUGGCGGCUUUGUCAACAGUACAGGCGAUCUUGAUGUUGUGGCAGACGCGAGGUCACGCUUAGCUUGAUCAUGGACUGUCCUUGCCUGGUAGAUCCAGAAUCUAUCUCUUUCCUUAUCGUCCGGAAACGUAACUGGGCUGUGUUAGUCAUCCUAUUCUUGAACCUCUGGGCACUCUGUAUUCCUUCCCAGCCAACAGCGACUCGCAAGCGUGAUAGAAGGAUCUAUGAGCUCGAUUUCGGUAGCGUCACUUCCAAGGCCAGGUACGAGCCAGAGCGAUGGAGUGCUAUCCAGUCUUUAGGCUUCGGGAUUCGGGAUUCGGAAAGCUCAUUUCAAGACCUUGCCGAUCUUGGCUGAGAGUCCGGCCGAUGCGAGCUUCAGUUGAUCAGUGUGAGUGAUGAAUGUGACCGGCUAUGUGU